AUGCAGCUUCAUAUAUCACCCAGCUUGAGGCAUGUCACAGUUUUCCCAGGGAAGGAAGUUAGAGAAUUCAUCAAGGUGAAAGUCGGGUCGAGACGGCUUUCAUAUCGGAUGCUCUUCUAUUCUAUCCUCUUCUUCACAUUUAUUCUCAGGUUUGUGUUUGUCAUGACAGCAGUGGACACCAUUGAUGGAGAAACCAGGUGCUCUACAAUAGGUUGCUUGGGGAAAAGACUAGGACCAAGGAUUUUGGGAAGAAGGCUUGAAUCAAGUGUCCCAGAAGUUGUUUACCAAGUGUUAGAAGAGCCCAUUGGCAAAGAUGAAUUAAAAGGAAGAUCUGAUAUUCCCCAGUCCCUAGAUGAGUUUAUGGCUGAGAUAAAGGACAGCAAUAUAGAUGCAAGGACUUUUGCUAUCAAGCUCAGAGAGAUGAUCACACUACUUGAAGAAAGAACCAGAAAUGCGAAAAUCCAAGAGUACUUGUACAGACAUGUAGCAUCAAGCAGCAUACCUAAACAGCUUCACUGCCUAGCCUUGAGAUUAGCCAAUGAGCACUCAACAAAUGCAGCCGCUCGUCUCCAGCUCCCGUCUGCUGAAUUUGUCCCUGCCCUUGUCGAUAAUUCCUUCUUCCAUUUUGUUCUCGCCUCAGAUAAUAUCCUUGCUGCUUCUGUUGUUGCUACUUCCCUGGUCCAAAACUCAUUACGCCCUCACAAAGUUGUCCUCCACAUAAUCACUGACAGGAAGACAUACUGCCCUAUGCAAGCAUGGUUUUCAUUGCAUCCUUUAUCCCCUGCAAUUAUUGAAGUCAAGGCAUUACACCAUUUUGAUUGGUUUUCAAAGGGAAAGGUGCCAGUGUUGGAAGCAAUGGAGAAAGACCAAAAAGUGAGAUCACAGUUCAGAGGAGGAUCAUCAGCCAUUGUGGCAAACAAUACUGAUAAGCCUAAUGUCAUUGCCGCAAAGUUGCAGGCACUUAGUCCCAAGUAUAAUUCGAUCAUGAAUCAUAUCAGAAUACAUCUACCAGAGAUGUUUCCUAGUCUCAACAAGGUUGUGUUCCUGGAUGAUGACGUAGUAGUUCAGACUGAUCUUUCCCCACUGUGGGAUAUCGAUAUGAAUGGAAAGGUCAACGGAGCGGUUGAAACAUGCAGGGGAGGAGAUAAAUUUGUUAUGUCGAAGAAGUUUAAAAGCUACCUGAACUUCUCUCAUCCUUUGAUAUCGAACAACUUUGACCCGAAUACAUGUGCUUGGGCUUAUGGCAUGAACAUUUUCGAUCUAGAAGCUUGGAGGAAAACUAACAUAAGUCGUACAUAUCACUAUUGGCUUGAACAGAACUUGAAAUCAGACCUGAGCUUAUGGCAGCUAGGAACAUUACCCCCUGGCCUAAUAGCAUUCCAUGGCCAUGUCCAUGUUAUUGAUCCUUUUUGGCACAUGUUGGGAUUUGGAUAUCAGGAAAACACAAGUGCUGCUGAUGCCAAGAGUGCAGGUGUCAUCCACUUUAAUGGGAGGGCAAAGCCCUGGUUAGAGAUUGCAUUUCCCAAACUUCGACCACUUUGGGCAAAGUAUGUAGACUUCUCGGAUAAAUUCAUCAAGGGCUGUCAUAUUAGGGAAUCUUAGAUUGGAUUUCGAGAGGAAUAUACCAGUCACAGUGAUCAUAAAGAGUGUGUUGUAUACGAGGAAAAGGAAAAUGAGAGAGUUCUUCCCAAAACCAAGGCUUUCAGAGUUUACAAUGCA